CCCCUACAGUUUCAACUGGCCCGUUCCGGGCUGCCCUUGACCCCCGAUAUGGAGCCAGCUAUAGCCUCCGUGCCUGCAGCCUCUCUGCCAACCCUUCCAGACUGACCUCCCACCACGCCUGGGUUUAUGCAAGGUGUCUUCCUUGCACCCUGGCCUCAUUUCACCCCUGGCUCCCCAGCCCCUUGCACCCCAGUCUGAAGGUACAGUGGGUCUCUACAGAUCCACUUUAGGCCACUUUCUCCAGUCCCUUGCCCAGUUUUGCUCUUGCUCUCCUCUCCUGCCCGCUUUCCCCCAUCUCCCUGGUCUCUACCCCUGUCCACAUGCCUCGAGGAGGCCUGCAUCCCUUCUCAGUUCACCGUGGGCCCCCAACUGCGCACUUCCCACCCCUCACUCUCCUAACUGGGUCGCAAGUCUACCCUUCCACUUGCUCGCGUCUUUCUCUCCCCCUGCCUCCCCCACCCUCUGGUCCCUCCAGCCAGCUGUACAGCUCCCAAAUUCUGGGCGAGAUUCCCAGGACAAAGCAAGAAAAAUCAGAGCAAUUUGGGAAAUAAACAGAAACUGGAAAGGAGUGGGAAGAGGAAAGUGGGGAGGACCCAGGUGGUGGUGUGGGGGACUCUCUGGUCCCACCCAGUUUAGGGAAUGCCUCAGCCUUCUCCCCCCUCCCCCUUCACCUGGCUCUUAAAGGGCCCAGCCCCUGACCCGCGGCUACUUAAGACAGAGGGGCGGCAGCAGGCAGCAGCUGCGCUAGGGUUGCUCUGCAAGGAGUGAACGGGGCAAAACUCCUGACUAUGACCCACGACGGGCUGCUGCCGCCACUGCUGCUGGUAACUCUGCUGCUCGCUGCCUGUCCAGGAGGCGCCUUGGCACGGUGCCCAGGCUGUGGGCAGGGGGUGCAGGCGGGCUGUCAGGAGGGCUGCGUGGAGGAGGAGGAUGGGGCACCGCCUCCAGCAGAGAGUUGUGCAGAAGCCAAGGGCUGUGAGAGGAGAGAAGGGCAGCAAUGCGGGGUCUACACCCCGUUCUGCGCCCCAGGACUGCAAUGCCGGCCGCCCGAAGGCCAGGAGGAGCCUUUGCGGGCGCUGCUAAUGGGCCGAGGCCGCUGUCGCCCGGCCCGAGCGCCCACCGAGGAGACUCUGAAGGAGAAUAAACCCCACGGAAGUGCCACUCGCCCCCAAGAUGUGAACCGCAGAGACCAACGCAAGAAUCCAGGAACUUCUACCACUCCCUCCAAGCCGAAUUCUGGGGCUGUCCAAGACACUGAAAUGGUGCAUUUGGGGCUGGAGGGAGAGAAGGGUCCCUGCCGCAAACACCUGGACUCGGUGCUGCAGCAACUCCAGACUGAGAUCUUCCGAGGGUCUCAGACCCUGUAUGUGCCUAAUUGUGACCAUAGAGGCUUCUACCGGAAGCGGCAGUGUCGAUCUUCACAGAGGCAGCGCCGGGGUCCCUGCUGGUGUGUGGAUCGAAUGGGGCAGCCCCUGCCAGGAUCUGCAGAAGGUGACAGAAGCUCACACUGCCCGGCAGGAAGCAGUGGCUGACAGGGAGUGGGGCUGUGGAACCACCAAUAGGAGCAUGAGGCUUUGCCCUAGUGUUACUGGUUGGGUGAUAAAUAACUUGGGGGCUCUGGGCCUCAUGAUUACCUUCAGGCUCUGUCCUAUUGUCCCCCUCAUUCCUGGCCCCUUACACAUCUAGUUGAAAAAAUUGCUGGUGUCAGCUUGAGGUGUUAAUAAAGCUGUGUGGGGGUCUCUGG